GUCCGGGCUAGCGUCAUCGACGGACGUGACGUCCGCCGGACGCGGAGUCCAUUUGGCGGUGAGGGAUGGAGGCGUGGGGAGAUUGGCGGCGUCUUUGGCAGUCGGCGGCAGCGGCGGGGAGGUGGAGACGCGCGGGGCGAUAGACGACGACGAGGACGAGGAGGAGGAGGGGAGGCACGCGAGGAGAGCGAUAUAGAUCGACGGAAGGGUUCAGAUACACGGGGCCUGCGGGGAGAGGAGUUAAGGUAUCCCAGAUCAAGGGGUUCGACUCGUUAACAUCAUCAGCUGAUCGUCGUCGUCAUCAUCAUCACUUGCCGGUCUCUCCCUUUGUAAAUCUUACAUCGGCAGCAGCAGCAUCAUCAUCGGUAACAGCAGCUCAAUGGGCCAGAAAUCUUCAUUUUAAUUACCAACAUCAACCACCACCAUCGUCGUCAUCAGCCAGGAUUCAAUCUCACACUUGACAAGUCACAGUCGUAGCUACGACUCGAGGGGAGGAGAAUCGGCCAGUGUCGGGAGACGCGGGGAGUGUCAACAUCAACAACAACAUCGUCAUCGCCGAUAGUAGCACUCUGACACCAGGGUAGUGAUUGACACAGUAGCUACUGAGGACUCAGAAAUCACGGUCUUGAGUGUGGCUUAAGGUGGUUGGUGGUGGUGGUGGUGAAGGACGUGGUGGCUGGUGACGGAGGAGUGACCCAGGAAUAGGAGGAGGCGGUGAAGGGGAGGGUUGGUGUGACGAGGAAGGAGGAGGUGAAUGAGGAGGAGGUGAAGGAAGAGUUGGUGUGAAGAGGAAGGAGGAGGUGAGGAAGUCGGUGAAUGAGGUGGAGGUGGUGGUGCCCGUCCGGCAUGGCGGGGCACUUCCGCAGCUACGCGUGGGACCCGGUGCUGAUCGUGUCGCAGAUGGCGCUCAUGCAGUGCGUCUUCUACGGCUUCCUGUGCCUCUGGCUGGCGCUCAUCGACGUCUUGGUGCAGGCGAACCGCACCCUUGACCAGAUCUUCAGCUACCAGGUGCUGGAGUUCUCGACGGCGCACGGGAGGGUUCCGCUCAUCGCCUUCGUGCUCAACGCGCUCACUUGCGCGCUGGGCCUGUGGCUGUUCGUGCGCCGCGGGAAGCAGUGCCUGGACUUCACGGUGACGACGCACUUCUUCCACAUGCUCGCGUGCUGGGCGUACAACGCCAGCUUCCCCAGCGCGCUCACCUGGUGGCUCGUCAACCUCGUGUGCGUGGCGCUCAUGGCCGUCAUCGGGGAGUACUUGUGCAUGCGCAGCGAGCUCAUGGCCAUCCCGGUCAGCAUUGGGCCCAAGGCCGACCUGUGAGAUGCUUCGGGCCACGCCGUGAGGUCGGGCGCCCUGCUCGGCCGUGGAUUCACGGAGAAAGCUUACCCGCGCGUAGCCGGGCCCGGAGGGUGGGGGUCCCGCCUCGUCUUAGACGGACUCUCGUGAGAAGCGCUCGGUCUUGUGCCCAUGCGCGAGAGAUCUCUGCGUUGAUGCCAGCGCCCCCGCCGCUGUCGGUUUGGAAGGGUCUGGCAAACCCCAGUGGUGUACGCAGGUGUGUUGAACGUCUGUCGCGCCUUACGUUGGCAACCGUGCUAAAUCGGAGGUGCGGGGGUAGGACAACAAACUAAACACACAAAAAAAUCAGUUUUUGAGUUAUCGUCGACAAUGGAAGAAGUGAUUUCCACCUUGUGUAUAUAGGUUUAUUUUGAAGCGGUGCUUUAAAAAUAAAAACGAAAACUAUAAAUCGA